UUCAUCUCCACAUUGCAAAUUCCAUCUCCUACGACACGCUCAGAAUUGUACUGCCUGCUCAUGGCCGAGGCGCAUCAGCUACAUUUCAAGUUAGAUCAUUGCAGGUCUCCGCCCAGAAGAGUCCUGUCGCGGUGCCCGAGAAUUGGCCGGUCGCCGAGGUCCCUCAAGGCUGCCACCGAAGCCCUCGGCCGAGCUAACGAUAACGCGGGGAGCGCCGCUGCCGCUGGCGUCCCCGUCAAGAUCAUGCUGACCAAAAAGCAACUGCGGCAGCUCGUGGCGGCGUUGAAUCAGGAGCCGGCGGCGGUGGCAUCGAUGCCCGCCAAUGUGGAGCUGCUGCUGGAUGUUUUGCGGCGGCGGCAGCACGCGAAGAGGACCGAGGAAAUUCAGCCGCGGUGCGGAGGGUGGCGGCCGGUGUUACAGAGCAUUCCUGAAGAAGCCGUCCAAGAUUAAUGAGCUAAAGAAGAUUUAGUCCCUCGAUCUGUUUAUUUAGUUAUUUUUGUGUCAUUUAAAAGUAAUUAACUAUACUAGAACAGGAACGAUUUUAAUUACUUCUUUAAGUGGCUUACUUUGUCUG